GAUACGAUGUAGAGAAACUCAGAUGUAGACGACCUCGGGCCGAGCUGAAAGCUUCCUAUUUCAAAGCUCCACGAUGCCGACUCGCCUGCUUUUACUUCUCUGUCUGACUGGACAUGUGUUUGCCAAGAAACCACCAGAUGUAGACUGUUACGUGGUGCAUUUGGAAUAUGUUCACUGUACCUGGAACAAGCAGGGGACUCCAGAGGUCAACUACACCUUCCACGGCAGGUUCGGAUCUAAAGCCUGGCGUGAGUGCACCACGUAUCUGUCAGAGAACGGUACAAUCACUGGAUGUAACCAUCUCUAUCAGAACAUACAGGACAGGUUCGGUCCAUUUGCCACCAAACUGCAACAUGGCAGCGACAAAUUCGAGAUGCCGCAUGAGCUUAAAAAGAAAGUCAAGUUAUAUCCACCAACCAACCUGACUGUCAAGCUUGGAUCUGACAGUAACCUGUGGUUCUACUGGAACCAGAGUUUUUUAACCUGUGUGGAGAGUGAAGUCCGCUACAGGAUCAAUAACAAGACCUGGAAUUCAGAUCCUGUCAGUUCUGGGAUUAAGUACUACUGCAUCAACUUGCCCUCCGACAGUUCACUUUAUGAGGUUCAGGUCCGGAGCAAAUAUGGGCAAAGCUGUGGAGGAUCUCAAAUUUGGAGCGAGUGGAGUCAGCCUGUGGCCUGGGGAGCCAACAACAGCACAGACAAAUCAAAACCAAAGGACACCUCGAUAUCUGCGUGGACCCCAGUGAGGUACGUGUUGGGCACUCUCACCCUCAUCCUAGUGGUCAUGAUGCUGCUGCACUACGAAAGGGUCAGAAUCAGGCUGAUGCCGGUGGUCCUCACGCCGAAAUUAGAUACGGAAUGGUUCUCCAGGUCCGACUGCCCGAAGCCUGAGAAUUUUUACCCUGACUACAUCGAGCGGGUCUGUCCCGUCCGCGACUACGCUCUUGUCUCCCAGUCCAGCAGCGACAGCUCCGACUGCUCCACCUCCUCCGUCACCACCGAUCAAACUGACUGCUCCAUCUCCAUGCCUUUGGACGGGUCAGACCUGUCUACCUCCUGCUCCUCGUCCACCUCCACGGUGUCCGUCUCAUCUGAGGGGCCGGAGAAGGUUUCUGUGUAGGAAGCUGCUCGGGCACGUUUGGGUUUCACCAAAGAUUCAUAAUCAAACAGUGAGUCUUCUCUUUAUCAGUGGUCUGUGUGUUUGAUCACAGCAGGCACCUCGAGGGAAGUUCUCCUCACAUAUUAGACAAAGGCCAUUUAAAACAAUCACUUCCUCUAAUCCUUUACAACAUCUGGUUUAAGGUUAACAAUGACAAUACAUGUUCCAAAAACAUAUCAGUUAUUAGGAGAGAAAAAACUUUCACAUUGCAGACUCACUUAUGAGAAGCACAUAAUAUUAAAGUCUGCAUGAGGAAUAUAAUAUCCGAAGUUUCUUAAAACUCACUGACUUUAUAAAUUUUGCAGCUUUAUUUUCAGCUUUUGUAAGUUUUAUUCUUCUGCUUAAAUUGGAGACUAGUUUGUCUUCUGCACUGGGAAUCUGAUCUACAGACUCUGACGCCGUCCAAGUCAAGCCCAAAGCUGAAAUACUCACCUCUCUUCAACUGCUCCAGGACAGCAUUUCAAUAGCUGAUUGAAAGUUAGCUCAACUUAAAAAUAAGAAAUAUUUUACAUGCAAUUUCAUUGACAACUGACAUAAAUUGACAAAGUAGAAUAUCCCAAUAUGUUGGGCAAAAUACCUUAAUAAUAUUGUGACAAUACUUGAGAUGUGACUUUUUAUUUUAACCAUAAAGAACUGACAGAUAACACAAUAUAUAAUCUAGGUGCCCAGGUUGUUUAACUUCUAAUCCAAGAGGCUUCUUCAGUUCUAACUUGCCUUUAGUUUUUCCAUGAUUGACCUGGAUGAAUAUAUGAAUAUAUAAAGUCUAAGAAGGCAGCGUUCAUUGUUCUCAGGUACUUUCCAAUUUAUGUUUUCUGAGUUUAUGUUUCUGUCUGUUCAUUUGUCUGUUUGCGUACGAGACAAACUGCUGAACGGGUUUCCACAAAACUUGGAUGGUGAAUGAGUCUCAGACCAGAAUUUAACUUUUGGAUGAAUCCUGGAUUGUUUUGUGUUUUUUUUCUGACUUUCUUAACAUUGUGAGAUCAGGGUGUUUUUCUAUGUUUUCGUUAAUCCCACAUGGUAUAAUGCUCUUUGAUGAAAAAGAAUCUGGCGUAUUGAGGUGGCUGCUAUCUAUGAAUGAGUAUAUAAUAAAGCACAUCCAAAUAAACACACAAAUAUUGCAGAAAUAAAUGUGUUGUAUUUGAAUUUUUGAUUCUGCUUGAUUGAAUUAAAAGGGACUGUGGAGCCUUGGCGGAGGUAUGCACUCCACUGAGUACCAUUAUAGUUAAUUAAGCCCUUGCAAUUGAUCUACAAAGGACUGCUGAAUAAUGUAUAUUGCAUCAAUAAAGCCAUUAGUGCUUAUUUAUCAUGACACCACAACUGAUAGCUUAAUACCCAGAUGAUCUGAUAUAUUCAUAUCAAUAUUAACAUCAUAAUUUGUGUAUCAUAUUCCUUUAAUUUUGAAUCGCUUAUUGUAUUUGAAUGUACUUUUUAUUUUCUCUUACUGUAUUUUGGUACAUUUUUCAUUACUGUACUUUUUCAAUUCAGUUGUUUUUAUACGUGUGUU